UAGUCAAACGGCGAAGAUGAGAACUUGCCUCCGAAAAAUGGAGGUCACCGGGUGAUUGAGUUGUUAUGACCGAGCUCAAGAACACAUUUGCAACCGAUUUCUUCGCAAAAUCCAUCGAAAUUCUGAUCCCCAGUACAACAAAUUGACAAUGAGGACUAUGAAGCCAAAAGCAAAAUUAAAAAAGAAAGAUGCCAGAUAUGGUAAAAUGAAAUUAGCCAAUGGCCAAAACGCAGAUGAAACUUCAGAUUUUUCGCAAUUGCGAAAACCUGUUGAUACCAAUUUGUCCAGUUUAAAACAAGUUGCUGAACUCUUUGAAAAAGGAAGUGACGAAAUUAAGACUAUACUUAAAUAUGAGUGUGACAUUGUUUACGAGUGCAGAAUUUGUCGAAGUCUCUUCCGCAGUCUUGCUAAUUUUAUAUCUCACAAGCGAGUUUAUUGCAUCGAGAAAUAUUGCUUCGUACCUCGGCGAAGAGAUAUUGAUUCCACGGACUCGACUUUUGAAUUGGAGCUAUCAAUCGAUCCGGACUUGAGGAAAAAUAGUACAAAUGACAGAAUUCUCCGAAGUCAAUCUCAAUUGAUGCACGUUGAGUCCAGAAAAGACUUGACUUCUGUCGUUGAUAUGUUAACAAAGAAGCAGAACAAUGUAACAGAUGUUGACUUAACAUCCCAAGAAAACGGCAACAGUUUGCCAUUUCAUAUCACAAGCGACGAUGAAAAAAUUGUAUUGGAAAUUAUGGAUUCUGGACGAGCUGCAUACCAAACAGUUUCAAGUUUGGAAAACAUUGCUACCGGCGAAUUGAUGAAAAAUCAAACGCUUGAAUUGAAAAAUAUAAUAAAUCAAACCACCGGAGUACUAGGACCUGAUGGUCAACUUGUCAAGAUUUCCAAUGAUCCACAAAAUGAGGAUUUGACAGACGAUGAAGAGGCGUUGCCUCUAGAUGAUAGACUUGUUGCCAGUGGAGAUAUAGUUUGUACAAAGUGCAACGCAAAAUUUGCGACAAAAAAAACCCUGACGUUUCACAUGAAAUCGAAACAUUUACCGCAUCGCAUGUGCUAUCCGUGUCUAUAUUGCACGAAUACAUUUACGAAUCGUUGGAGUGUGUAUCGACAUUUAUUCAAAGUUCACAGAAAAACAAACGACCAAGUGCGGAAGAUACGUUCGCAGAUUCAGGCUCGACCAUACAAACGAGAAGUACCAAAACUAGAAAAAAUUAAGGAAACAAAUGAAGUACAAAAAGGAGACGAUAAAAUCAACGAAGAGCAGAGCUCGAAUAAUGAUGAGGACAAUUUGGACUCCGAGGUUGAGACACAUAAUUGCAAACGAUGUGGAAAGCGUUUCGAGCAUAGUGCCAUGCUGAUCUCGCAUUCUCAGAAUUGCCCGGAACAGGCUUUGGGUGCAGGACGACGGAGAGCGAGGAAAAUUCCACCUCAAAGGCAUUCUGGGCUCGUAGAAACAGAAAUUAUUAGUUUCGAAGGAUGGAGAAAAGAAAAAGUACAAAUGGAUGUUUCAGGAAUACCACAAGUGUCUUCUUCAAGUGCGAAAUCUGCAGCGGAUUCGAAUGAUCGGAAAUCGGAAUCAUCUCCGGGCAAAAAAGAAUCGGAAUUAAUUCCUGUAGGCGAAAAACUGGAAUUAUCCUCGAUACGCGAUAAAUCGGAAUCGUCUACGACUAGUCGAAACUCGGUAUCCCCACCAAACCGUAUUUCGGACUUUUCGUCAGCGAAACGAAAAUCAAAACUGAUUUCCAUGAAUGAGAUAUUGGAAAGCGUAUCGGUGGAACGAAAUUCAGAAGCGGUUUCGUUAAACCGAAAACCAAAAUUGACUUCCAUCGCCCAAAAAUCAGAGUCAUCUUCGACAAAUCGUAAGUCGAAAUCGCCGUUGAUUAUUCGGAGAAAACCGAAGUUAUCUUCGGUUCAUAAAGUAUCAGGAUUCAUAGUAGCAGAUUCUGAAUCCAGCGAAUCGUCAUCACUGCUUGGGAAGUCUGAAUCGAUGGUGGAAAAAUGGAAGUCAGAGUCAGCUCCUAUAACGCAGAAAUCAAAAGUAUCUCCGAUCAAUCGCAAAUUGAAAACACCGGCGAUAAUUCGGCGAAAAAUAAAGUUACCAUCCCCUGAUAAAGUCUCGGCAAUACUCGCGGCAGAUUGUGCAUCUGAAACAGAGUUAGCCUCCAAGAAUUCUAAAUGGGACGUUAUCGAUCGAAAAUCAGAAUUGUUUCCUACCCAUCGGAAAUCGAAGGUGACUUUGACCGACUCAGAAUCUGAUUCAGUUUCGAUAGAUCGAAAAUUUGAAACAGUUUCGCGGAGCCGAAAACCGAAUUCGAAUUGUACCGACAAAAAACUCGAAUCGAUAUGCAACAAUCGAAAAUCGGAAUCAUCUGCCGUCAGUUCAGAUGGCGUCGCGAUUGAAAGAGCUAAGUUGCCCUCGAUCGUGACAAAUCCAGCUGCGGAGAUAUCGAUCAGGGUUGAAGAAGUGUCGAGUUUGAGUAAAGAUGUGUGGGACAAAAUGGGUACAAGUGACGAAGCAACCGAUAGCGAUCUUGCACUAGAAACCACCGGGUCUUCAAUGGUUCGUUCUCCACUAAAAAAACUGGCUGAAUCGCCGAUAAAGAAGUUUGAAAAAUCGUGUAAAUCCAGAUUGGACAUACCAGAAGUGAUUUACACGACGAUCGACAAUUCUCGACCGGUGGAGCUUUCUGUUCUGAACAAAGAAAAAAAAUUAGGCAUUCAAUAUCGAGGAAUUCGUCUGCCAACGGUGACACUCGAGAAAAUAAAUGUACCUCGAGCUCAAGCAAAAGAACGGGGAAUAGAGUUGUCUUCGAACGUGCCGAAAGAAAAACCAGAGUUCGAAGCGAUAUCCCAAUCGCAGCAGUAUCGUAGUUUCCAGUGUUUACCGUGCAACCGGAGAUUCACAUCCGCAGCUAAUUUACGGAAGCACAUUAGCGCUCACGUGAGAAGAGAUCGUUAUCGUUGCAAGCUUUGCGAAGGUUUCAAGUCGUUGCUCAAAUGCGACGUGGUGGCCCAUUGCAACACGGUUCAUAACACGAAAAAUGAUCGUAAUUUGCUUGCCGAGCUCGUCGUCGAGGAGCCGAUUCACGGAGACACAUCCGCCGAUGAUACGAAUCACGCGGUCAAACCGCCGGACGAGUUUGAGAUCAUCGAUGUUGGUUCUUCAUCGAAAGAACAAGGUACGACCGUCCUGCCGAUCGAGAACGAGAUUGCGGUCGACGAAAGUACUGAAAAAAGCGAGAUCGAAGAGAGUACGGACGCCCCGACAAACGUUGCACAGCUCCUUCGGCCUGAUCCUCGCCCCAAACGAGGAAGACCUCCCAACGUUAAGAACAAAACAAAGAGGGGAAGAAAGAAAAGAGUGUUAGGAAGGAAACGCGUUCUCAGGCACGUAUCGCCACCCAGAUUGCCCGAAGAACCAUCCGACGAAAUCCCUCCAGUCAUCGAAACCAUGGAGGAUUCUGCUGAAAAUAUUUCUCAAAUUUCAAGUGGAAGAGCACCUUCGAGAAUGGACUGCGAUCCCGAAUUGAGAAAAAUGGUGAUGGAAGUGAUUUUUGGCUCGGGGGAGUUCGAUCAAAAUUCCGAAAAGAUCGAUAAUGAUUCUCAGGAAUUUGAAAACGAUUCACACUCCAUUAACGACGAUUUCGAUCAGGUUAUUGGUUGCCGAGAAAAUCUCGUUCCUUCUCCCCCGAUCCAGCAACUAAUCUCAACGGAUCCCGAUCUCGUUGCUGCGAGCAUCCAAGGGGACGAUACUUUCAAUAAUCAACAUCAAAUUCCAAACAAUUCGAACAACAAUUUAUUGCACCAAGUUUCCCACAAUUACGAGUUGAAAACCAUCGCUGAUAAUCACGAUCCCAUUGUAUUUUCAAAACAAUCGAAUUUCGUGGCGAUUCAAGUGUCCACGGAAAAUCCUCUUGCCUGUCAACAGCAUUCUCUGUCACCAGGUUCGAAGCAUUCAAGUCCGAAUGAUCAUUUAGUCGAGGCAGAACAAACCGAAAUUACAGUUUGUACCGAAAAAUGAUUUUUUUCUUCUCUUCUUCCUAACGAGUAGAGUAAGUGCAGCUAAUUCGGGAUCGCGUUAUGCUCGUUAUUUUGUAUUCCAAAUUAGCUUCCUUUCCUCCGAGAUUUAUGCACCUUAUUUGUAUAAAUCAAACCUAUUAAUAUUGAAUAAUUUUUUUUUCAAUUAAUUAUUGAUUUAUUUGUGUAUAAUACAAUUUUUUAAUUUGUGAAAAAUCUAUCUCUAUAGAAUGCGGUGUGCUUAUACAAAAAUUUUAUUAUACCUUGCAUUAUACAUGAUUAACGACCGAAAUUCAUCAGAAACAUCACAUUUUUCGAAUUACCAAUUUUUCCGGUCUCUCCCAAAAAUAUUUGCAUUUUUUCCCGUCAAUAUUUCCGAUAUAGUUUGAAGUAUUAAACUACGAAAAAAGUAGACCUGUAUAGCUUGGAAGAAUCGAUCUCCAGGUUCUCUGAAAGACGUUAGUUCAAAAUUGCUCUUCAUUAUUUUCAUCGAAGUCUGCAUGUAUUUGUAUGUACCGUCGUUGUAUGAAAAUGCACAUAUGUACGAUAAAGGGAAGCCGGACGACGAAAUUUGGCUAGUAAAUAAAUUAUGUUGUACUUGACAACAAAUCAAUGAAAUCAACGUUAUUGAUGAUCAUUAAAAUUCAUUGUUACGCUUCAUGAACGAACAUGAAGAAUCGAACAUAAAAAAUGUCCCUAAUUUUGUAUGUAAUAAAAAAAACGAAAGUUCUAA